GUGCGGCGCAGGCGCCGAGGGGAGCGCGCGCGCCAUGGCGGCCCCUCCGUGCGCCUUCUCCCCCCGCGGGUGCCGCCUGUUCGCCUCGGCCGGGCCCGAUGGGCGGCUGCGCGUGUGGGACACGGCCGGCAGCCGCCUGCAGCACGAGUACGUGCCCUCCGCCCACCUCAGCGCCGCCUGUACCUGCCUGGCCUGGGCCCCGGCGGGUGCGCGGCAGCCCCCCAGCAAGGAUGGCCCUCAGAGGAAAAAACGGAAGUCUGAAGUUGGAGAAGUGGACAAGCAGUUAGAUAUCCUGGCUAUUGGUACAGCAGUUGGUAGCAUUUUGUUGUACAGCACAGUAAAAGGAGAAUUACAGAGCAAGCUAGAUGGUGGUCAUGACAGUAGAGUAAACUGUGUGAGAUGGCAUCAAGACAGCUCCUGCUUGUAUAGCUGUUCAGAUGACAAACACAUUGUGGAAUGGAACACACAGACCUGCAAAGUAAAGUGUAAGUGGAAAGGCGACAAUAGCAGUGUCACCUGUCUAUGCAUCAGUCCAGAUGGAAAAAUGCUGCUGUCAGCUGGUAGAACUAUAAAACUGUGGGACUUGGAGACCAAAGAAGUCUACAGACAUUUCACAGGCCAUGCUACAUCAGUGUCAUCAUUAAUGUUUACCACAGUGAAACCUACAAAUGACAGUAAACCCUUUGAUGGAAUUACAGGACUUUAUUUCUUGUCUGGAGCUAUACACGACCGAUUAUUGAGUGUGUGGCAGAUCAGGUCAGAUAGGAAAGAAAAGAAUGCUGUGAUGUCUUUCACAGUAACAGAUGAACCAACUUUUGUGGACCUGACUGUAUCAGAAGUCAAAGAAGAGCCUGUGAAGUUAGCAGUUGUGUGCAGAGAUGGGCAGUUGCAUUUAUUUGAACAUAUCUUGAAUGGUUAUUGCAAAAAGCCCUUAACAUCAAACUGUACUGUUCAGAUAGCAACACCUGGGAAUGAUGGGGACUCCACGCCGAAACCAGUCCCUAUUCUAGCAGCUGCAUUUUGCACAGACAAACAGUCUCUGCUGCUGGUGUAUGGAAACGCCUUACAGCCCAUCAUAGAGAAAGUGUCUUUGAACACCAGUGAAUCCCACAUAUGUUUGGUACGGGACAUCCAGAAAGUGUUGUCACUUAAAACAGAUGCUGCUGUAACAAAGGUAAAGACACCUGUUGUGAACUCGGACGCCAAAGUUCUAGUACCUGGCAUUCCAGGACAUAGUACAGGUGUCAAAACUCCAGCUUUGGGAAAGGAGAAAAAGAAAAACAAGAGGAAACCAGGAGAGACAGAGGAGAGCAUCGAGGAGCGCCUUGGGGCAUUGGAUAUUGAUGUCAGCAAAGUCAAAACUCCUGGUGGCCUUCCCCAAACAGACAGCUUUGCUGUGCUGCUGGUUCAGGGCUUGGAAAGCAACGAUGCAGAAAUCUUAAAUAAAGUGCUUAACACAAGAAAAGAAAAUAUAGUAAAGAACACAGUAGCCAGAAUGCCUAUACAUGCUGUCAUUCCACUGCUGCAUGAGCUUACAAAGAGAUUGCAAGGCAACCCAUACAGUGCCUCACUAAUGGUUCGAUGGCUGAAGUCUGUUUUUACCCUACAUGCAUCCUACCUUUCCACAUUGCCAGACCUUAUUCCUCAGCUGGGAAUGUUAUACCAGUUGAUGGAGAGCAGAGUAAAAACUCUGCAAAAGCUUUCCCGUCUGCAUGGAAGACUCUUCAUUCUUGUCACCCAGGUUGCAGCAUCACAAACAGUUCAGGAUGUACCUGAGGUCAAUCAGACUGCAAAGCUGGUCUAUGAGGAUGACUCCUCAGAGGAGGAAGGCUCAGAUGAUGAGAUGAUUGCAGAUAAAGACUCUGACGAAAACUGGGAUGAAGAUGAAGAAAAAGAGGAGCAAUCUGAUGAACAAGACAUGACUGUUGAAAAGGAAAUCAAUGGUGAUUCUGAUUUGGAACCAGAAAAUGAAAGUGAAGAAGAGUAACAGCACAAAAGAGUAAUUUUAGUGGUUUGAACAAGUGGGCCACCAAGCUCUUUGAUUCUGGAUCCUGUUGCUGAAAGAUGCUGUAUUUGCAUAUCAGGAGUGCAGAGCAUUGCACAGCCUGUGUGCAGAGGCACCUGUGGGGCACUGCAUUUCCGAAUCCAGAAUGUUUAACCGUGCCAGCCUUCUCUCGCCCUCCUCCUUCCCUGCGCUUACUUAGAGAAACAUUUCCUCCACCUCCUGGUCAGAUUAUGCCUGUCAUGUGGACAUGCAUUUGUAUCUCAAGUGAAAUAAAUCUGCCACCUCUGUUUGUGUGGGAAACUUGGUUCAGCUUUACAUUGAAUUUGUUUCAAAUAUUCAAGGAUCAAAGACAACUGGUCUAUACCUUCUUUCCAUGCUUCAGUUAGCAAUAGCAAGUGGGCAUCCUUCUGAUUUUUUUUUUUUUU